GGAAACGUCAUCAGCGUCUCACUUACCCAACAUGGCGGACUUUGAUACCAUUUAUGAGUUGGAAGACGAAGAGGAUGAGCACGUAGUGAGCGAUGAGCACUUGCCCAGAUACUGUCCGGAGCCCGUGGUCAUGCGAGGGGCAGGCCACAUCACAGUGUUUGGACUGAGCAACAGAUUUGACACAGAAUUCCCCUCUGUUCUCACGGGAAAGGUUGCGCCCGAGGAAUUCAAAACCAGCAUCAGCAGGGUGAAUGCCUGUCUGAAGAAGAACUUGCCGGUGAAUGUGAAGUGGCUUCUCUGCGGCUGCCUGUGUUGUUGCUGUACAGUAGGCUGCAGUCUGUGGCCAGUUAUCUGCCUAAACAAGAGAACGAGACGUUCCAUUCACAAGCUGUUAGAGUGGGAAAAUAACCGAUUAUACCACAAGCUGGGCCUGCACUGGAAACUAAGUAAAAGAAAAUGUGAAAGCAGUAAUAUGAUGGAAUAUGUGAUUCUUAUAGAAUUCUUACCCAAAUAUCCUAUAUUCAGACCGGACUGAGGAGGCUGUUAGAGAAUGGAUGUGUGGCCCUUGAAUCUUCUCCUUAGUGCCUUGUAUAUAAAGUAUGUCGGAAUAAGGGUCUGCACUGGUGUCUGUAGUGAUGACCCCCCCUUACAUCUCCCAAUUUCUUGUACAUUAGAAUUUGCGACAGUGUCACUUUGCUUUAGAGCAGAUUUUGCACAUUUUCCCGACAGAACUCAACAUGUCCCCUUCGUUGCACUUGGAUGUGUUUUUUUUUGUUACAUGUGGCAAACAAGUGAAACUCUCGAAAAAGUGCAUUUACCCCAAAGAACCAUCGACCUGUAUCCCAUCUGUUAGUUCAGUUAUCCCUUGCAAAGAAUGUGAUGCCUCCACCUUCCUUAACUAAUCCUUGCCUUAUGUAUGAUUUUGAACUCUGCGUGUGAAAGGAGGACGUAGGCAUUGAGAAAUUCAACAAGUCUGUACGCUUUCAAUGCUGUUUGUUGGGUUUGAAUCCAGUUCUUUGCGAGUAGAUGGGAUGGUUGAGAUUGCCUAGCGUACAGUGUACGUGUUCACCCUGUGUGUUUUCUUGACAUGUGACCCUCUCUGUACAUGGGAACUAGCUAGUAAAAGAACUUGACGUGUAAAUACCAUGUUAGGAUAAGCUGUACAGUGGUAUACCAUUGUUUACAUGAAGUUACUUAGCUCUUUAGUUUUUUUGCCAAUAUAUAUUGCUGUACCAUAGUUUUGAUUAAUGAAAGAUGUCUAUGUACCUUUCUAGUUAAUAUGGACCUGUUUACCUUGUAAGCCAUAUAGUUACAAUGUACAUGAUGCCAGAGUCAGGACUGAUGAUUGCACUUGCAGUGAAAGUCAGAAUCUCCGAUGAUCCUGAAGGUUCAUCCAGUGACAACAGAAGUGCAUGUUUCCAUGUGAUGUUUGCCAAUAAAGAUGACAUGAAAUCACUGUCAUCUGUUCAAACUGGAGAUGUAUAAAUCUCUGGUCUGCAGUUGGAAGAUUAAAAAGAACUGUCGUUAUCUAUCUUAUCAUUUUAUCCAAACCUUGCUUUUUUUUUUUUUUUUUUUAUAGUUUUGUACUCUCCCUGUGCUGUGUUUGGUCCUCCUGAUGUGUCAAGAAGCACAUGAAUCAACAGUACAUAGGGUAUUAUGAGCAGAUUGUCUGUUAGUAUUAUUUCCCUGAAUCUUUGUCAACAGAUUGCUGCAUUGCGUUGUGUUAGAGUGCCUCUGGAGUAAUCGGUGAAUCACAGAGAAGUACAGGAUGAAAUCCCUUCUCUUGUACAAAGGAGUUUAAAUCCUCCUCCCAGUAUUGUCCCUGUUACAAUUCUUGUAAAUGUUUGUCCUCAUCCCUAUUGGGAGAAAAUAAAUUGAUCAUUUAAUUUUU